UCGGAAUCAUAUUGGCCAACAGCUUACAUUCAUUCUUAUUAGUGGUCUCUCAGACACCGCAGGACGGCCACGGUAAGCAAAACACCAUCCCAUCCACCCAUCCAUUCUUGUUACACAAGCAAAUCAUUUUACUCCUGUGUAAUCCCCUACUGCGUGCAACUUUGCCGCGGAGCUCCAUCAUCUCCCCAUCCUCCUCCUAUUAUUUGUGUAUUCCGGGAAGGGAAGACUGACCAUGGGAUACAUGUCGAAACAGAUCGUCCUGGACCAGUCACUCGGUCAAUGAAUACAGCCCAUCGCGAAAAGGCACAGAGAGAAGCCCACGAUAACCGGAGGCUCCUUCGAGACCGUCGCGGACUUAGACCCAGCUCUAGUCCUAGUCCCAGUCCGAGUCCCAGCCUUGUGGCCAAACCCAGGCCCCCAAAGACGAAACAAGGCCAGAACCCAUCGCCCAAACUAGGCCAGAACUGGUUUGCCGUUCGCGAUAUAAUCGACGAGAAGGUCGAAAACGGGCGCAUUUUCUAUUUGAUAGACUGGGAAGGAACUGAUUCAAAGGGUCGGCCGUACAAACCUAACUGGGAACCGGCAGGGAACGUAUCCGCGGACGCGAUCAACGAUUGGAGGGACAAGAAGCUCGAGGCUUCCAAAGUCGCUGGUGCGCCUGACGAAACGUAUCCCGCGCAAGCGCCCAAGAGAAAGAUUGACGACGAGUCUUCGGAAAACGGAUCACCUGCGGAUUCUCUGGGCCGUAAGGGGGAAGGGCCUCACAGAACUGCGCAGGCUGACACAUUGUCCACGCCAUCUCAACUUCACCCGUCUUCGGCCCGUUCGGAUAGUGGCAUUGCAGAGGCUAGGCUCGUUACACCAGCACGGGGGGCGCACAUAGUGGUUGCACUCCCUCGCCCGCUGGCCUUCGACGCCUCUGAGUACCAGGCUAUCUCAUUUUCCCAAGCUAGUCAACCAUCUUCACAGAUUACUCUGUCAGAGCGCAUGCAUUCCAGUGGCAUUACAGUGAGAGAUCAACGGAUCAUUCCUGAUUCGCAAGAGAUAUCUGGCACAUCGGUAUCUGAGGCGCAUAACAGCCAUCACGGAUUUGUCGACUCGUUCGGAGAAAGCCAACUGUCUCAGGGACCGCCAGCCCUGCCAGAAUUGCCAGAGAAUCAUCACGCUCCUCCCUCUUCAGGUAUCCCUUCUCACCAACCGGAGUCAUCACGGUUUGCUGGUGUCUCAGGAUUCUUUGCCAACCCAAACAUAUCCACCAACCCUGGAUUCAACGCGAGUUCGCAAUUUCGAACUCAGGUCGAGAUUGACUUCCAGAACCUCGGCCCAACCCCAUCAACAUCUCACAACACCACCGUUCCUGAGUCUGUUUUAAAGAAUCCCACCGCCCAGCCUUCCCAGAUUCCUCCGGGAAUAGAGAGCCAGCACACACAGUCCACAAGCGGAGGCUCAACAACAAAUAACUCACAAGCAGCGCAGAUUGUUCAGCCCCUAAGUAGUCACCCAGGUGACACUAAUUCUCCCAGCCACUCCUUCUUUUCUGUCUUUGAAGAUAGAACUGUACCUGAGACGGUUGCUGGGAACAGCCAAGUGCCUGCAGAUUCACAGGACUCAAGCCAAGCCCUUAGUGAGAUAGCUGGUAAUAUCAGAAUAUCUACUGCUUCUGAAGGGCAUAACGAACCCGCGUCGUCGGCUGUGUCUCUGGAACCACAGGCGGCAAUACGGGCCGGUGAAAAGUCUGGUCUACGUCACAUAUCAGUUGAUCCAUCACCGAAAAUCGGGCCCGCUCCGUCUACCAGUAUGGAAGGCACAUCCGCAGCAGAGGCGUUGCGGCUUUUCCGGGAGGAGCACUUCAACAGAAGAGCUCGAACCGCAUCAACCGGAUCAGCGUCGCCAGCUGUCCCAUCGCCAGCCUUACUGUCUCCAGCGCCGUUAGAAAAUACCCCUCAUGUCGCUGUUAAUCCGGCGCCAAUGCCGGAAGCUGAAGCACAUGUCAGCAAUGAUACGACUUCGGCGAUCGACGUACCUGCCCCGGUAAUUUCACCAGCACUUCUACAUCCGUCUGGGAUAGCACAGAGUCAAACGACACCAUCCUUUCCAUUAGCGCAAGCUGAAAUUAAUCCCAAUCCUCCACUUGAGCACAUGCCAGUAGAUCCGGUAUCAUCAUAUGAUGCGCCCCAAAUAGAGCAGCCUGCAACAUUGGAUCCAUCGGCUCUUACACUUUCUAUUGAGAAUGAUGUAGAAGAUAGCCCUUCAGUUCCGACUGACGAUGGGUUUGCCCCUGAGCCUAUUCCCGAGUCAACCAUCUCAGAUGAAGAUGAGAUGCAGGAAGAUUAUCCACGUAGCAUGUUGCCUCAUGUGCCCACCGGUCCUUCCGAGUAUCUCAUCACACUUCCCUUCCAAACAAGCUGCCGUCCGCAGUAUAACGAUAUCAUACGCGAGAACGAAAAGUUAAUAAACGAGUACAAUUCAGCAUUCCUAGUCCUACCCCAUCAAACGCCACGCAAGGAUGUCGUUGAGAAGCUGGACAAUAUGUUUUCUCGCCUCUUCGACAUAUGCGACUAUCCUCCUUUCUUGGAUACUCUCGGGUCUAUGACAUCGGAACAGAUCAUGAAACAUGUGAUCGGUACAAAUUCAAAGUUCUCUUUCAUCGCCGAGCUGCUCGAUAACCUACGGGAUUUAAACUCGGAUAAGAAAGUCCUAAUACUUGUCCGGCCAGGAAAGCUGAUGGAUUUGCUUGGUCAUGUGAUACUAGGUCGAGGCUAUCACUACAUCCGAUCUGGUCAGGAGAUUGCCGGCGCGUCAAAUGCUAGGCACCCAUUGACAGUUUUUCUCUGUUCAACUUCCGAGGGAGAAUCCUCAAUUCCCAGGAAUGUUGAUGCUGUCAUUGCUUUCGAUCACACUUUUCGACAAGAAUUAGUACCCUCAUUAGACCAGAGUGCCCCGGUCAUCUUAGCACUUGUUAAUGUCGCUUCUAUUCAACACAUAAACAUGCGCAUCAUGGAAAAUUUGGAGCCCUUAGAACGAAAGAAUUUCCUGAUGCUGGCGCUUGUCAAGGCGAUGCGAUAUGUCGAAGAGCCGGACUCAACAGAAUCACUCUUCUCCAUUGCUGAGAAAUUCGCCAGGCGUAUCCAAAUGCCUGAGGACGAGGAGGACGAAUUUUACUAUGAGCCCCAGUCGGUGCCAAUCGAGAUUUUCCAUGAUCUAUAUGCCGCAAGCUCACAAAUUGACGGAACUCAGCUGAGUGGCCAAAGCCUGGACAUCGAUCAGCAACCUGGCAGCCGGAAACGAUCUUAUCUCGAUGGCGAUAAUGAAGAGAACCUUCCAAAGAGACCAAAGAUGUUCCAACCACAAGUGGUAACAUCUUUGAGUAAUAUCAGCGACUCUGUGAGGAACUUGCUUGGCGACGACCUCGUACAGAGCGUAGAGGGUAACACCAUUGCAGUGUCCCUCGACAAGCUUGAAGCAUUGGCCGAUAAGUUCGCUGAGUUGAGGUCCAAACUCAGAGAAAGUAAAGCGCGAGAAGACGAUUUCCGGCAGUUGAGCGACCGAAAUCAAAAAGAGGCCGAUAGCUACAGAUCCUCUAUCAACAACAUACAGACCAGGUAUAUGGAAGCUUUGAAAGAGCGCGGCAUAUUUGAAGCCGAUUGCAGAGCUGCCCAAGAACAGGCGGCGAUUCAAAGUAGAAGCCUAGAGUCCUGUCGGACAGAAAUCAGCGCAUUAAAGACGACUAAAACGGAACUGGAGAAAAAGCUAGCCGAGGCAAACACUGCGCUCCUCGAUUCUUCCAAUCCCGACCUCGUCAAAUUGGCAAAGUUGGAGAAUAGCUUUAAUACAGCCAAUGCGCAAGUAGAGGACCUGAAAAAGAGGCUGGUCGUGGUUCAAAGCGACGCAGAUUAUAACAAGAAUCUGUUCCAACAAGCCUCUCACCGUGCCGCUGAGUUGGCAGCCGAGAACCGGGCCCACGAUAAGAAAAUCGAAGAGCUGGAACGCAAAGCCGACAAGAAUAUCCUCGCGGUGAACCAGACCCAAAGCCGUAAUGAAGGCAGGACUCUCUCUAUGCAGGUAGCAGAGUACCGGACCAUCAUCCGCGAGCGCGAGGCGGAACUCAAUCGCGUCAGAGAGGAACUCAAGUCCAUCCGCAGUGGACGUCGGGAGACUAGGCAGUCUAGCGUCCCGCGCAGUCCGCGCAUGAGCGCCCUCGGCGUCAUGAGUCCUCGUAAUGGCGGCACCCGCGGCCCGAGCGCCAUGGGAGGCCCGAGCAGUAGUCGCGCGUCGAGUCCGCAGCCACCUGUUGCCGUAUUCGAUGGCCCUCCGGGCUCGGGAAAUGGUGUGCAGAAUGCCGCGAUGCAUAGUCAGAGUCCCGGCGUUACGAGGCUUACGCACUUGAGGGACUCGAGGUUCUGAAGAGUGACCGACGGUGUGUGAAUGUGUUUUGUUACUAUCUAGGGGGAACGAACGAUGGGCAGAAAGAAGACAGGAGCGUUGGAGUCUGCUUGUAUACCUCACUGCCAUCACAUCGUGAAAGUGUGUUGCACUACCACUUCUACUAUUCCGUUUCCUUUUUUUCCUACCUUUCGUCUUCUCUCCAGCUUUGUCUUUCGAGUGCGGGGUUUGCUUUUCGUUCCGUUUAGAUCUUUUGAUACCCGAUGGUUUUUUUUUUUUUUCUCGAUCUGGUCCUGACGAUAUAUUCGUCUGUCUGUUCUGGUUAUUGCUGAACGAAUUGAUUGAUUACCUAAAGAAUGAAUUUCUUUCUCGCGUGUGGUAUUACCUUACCUUACGUUGUGCUGUGUUGUGUUGUUAUCUUUUGUUGUAUGGAGAGCGAUGAAUUCGUUGAUUGAGAUUCGGUGUGAAUGGCGUGAUAUGGUCGUGAGGAAAGAAGAAUGCGCUGUAUAGAGAACAGACAGACAGACGGAAACAGAGAUAGAUAGGCAGUUAUACUGAUAGAUAAGCAAUGGCGUUACCUUUGCUCAACUCUUUUGCGAGCUUUUCACUACCCUCUAUAUACGUCGUGUGCGUAGUUCUGCGUUUCUAGUAUACCGUACCUAGCCUUGGAUAUGGAUAUACACAA